GUCUGUCACUCGCCAUGGCUGAAACGAAUUCCUCCAUGACCGUCGACCCCGUUUGAGUUCACCGCCGGGUAACCCUUAUCGUUGCUCGAGACUGAGUGCGGUUCUCCAGUCGCCAUCUGUUCUCUCUUCCCUCUCCUCUUUCGAGUCCAGCUCCGGUUCGAACUAGGGUUCCCGCCAUGUCCUACCCACAGCGCCCGGAAGACGACGGGCUCGCGUACGGAGACGACUAUUCCCAAUCUCGUGGAAGCGGUGGACAGGAUGGAACUGAUCGAUCGCUGCUUGGAGACACUUUCAAAAAGUUCAAAUCCGAGCUGGACAAGUACAAGUCGAGUUCUUCCUCGUCCCAAAAUUAUGGCUACUCCGCCUCCGGCGCUGGCUCCAAUCAGCAGUAUUACGGGCAGCAAGGUCCCAAUACUGGAUAUCCUCAGAUAGGCCAAUCUGCUUACCCGGGAGGCCCGCCUACGCAACAAUCCCAAGGUCGACCUGAUCUCGCGUCCAAACUGUUUGGUGGAUUACAAAACACUCUCCAGAACAUCGGCUCAGACGUCACAAAUCUGCUGGGCCCAGGAAAUCGGCCUCCUUCGCAAUAUGGGCCGCCACCGCCAGGACAGACUGGUUAUGCCGGGUAUGCUAAUGUGCCCGGUCCGCCAGGCAUCCCCUCGGCCCCAAAUCGCUACGACAGCUUUGCUUCAGAGAAACCAGGCAACGACGUCAAGUGGUACGUUGACGGGUGUGGCUACUUCUGGGCGGUGAGUCAAGCGCUCGAAGGAGCAAAACACUCGAUCUGGAUAUUGGAUUGGUGGCUGUCACCCGAGCUGUAUCUCCGCCGGCCACCCUCUCAGAACGAACAAUGGAGACUGGAUCGAACGCUGCAACGGGCAGCACAACGCGGCGUCAAAGUCAAAGUGAUCGUAUACAAAGAGGUGACCCAAGCUUUGACUCUUUCCUCGGCACAUACGAAACACGAACUCGAGAAACUGCAUCCUAAUAUUGCGGUCUUUCGUCACCCGGACCAUCUACCAGAUGCUCAAACUGCUCAGUCGUCCUUGGUAUCUUCUCUUCAAGCUCUGAAGCUCGAUGCUGCGGGAAUUUCUAAGCUUGGUGCGGAUACGCUCAAGGGAAUAUAUGGCGUGACGGACGACGUCAUCCUGUACUGGGCACAUCAUGAGAAGCUGUGCUUGAUUGACGACAGGAUUGCGUUUAUGGGCGGCUUGGAUCUCUGUUUUGGGAGAUGGGAUACAAAUCAGCAUUCAAUCGCUGAUGCACAUCCUUCCAACAUCAACGAUAUCGUCUUUCCCGGUCAAGACUACAACAACGCCAGGGUCAUGGACUUCAGCGACGUUGCACAACCGUUCCAGAACAAACUUGACAGGACCAAGAACUCGAGGAUGGGAUGGUCCGACAUUGGCAUUUGCCUGCAAGGAUCUUGCGUCCAGGACCUUCGUCACCACUUCGUCGAUAGAUGGAACUUCAUCUUCGACGAGAAAUACAACGUCCGCAAGGAUCAACGGUACUACAGGCUCCUGGACGAUUUCCCUCACCCACCGACUGGCCCAGGCCAGCGACCCCAAUCGCGCCCACAGUCACAAGGCCACCUUCAGCCUCCUGCGCCGGUUGGUGGAUAUGCACCACCCCCAGGCAGUCAACCCUACACGGAACCGGCGUGGCAUACAACCAGCCGGCCGCACACGCCGGUCGCCGGCCAAUACCAGGGUCAAGCAGGAACAGAUACUGGCGCAUAUGGCGCUCCAGCAACCCCUUCUGUCCCGGGCGCUCAGAUUCACUCGCAACAUCCUGAAGCCCAGUAUGGUCAAACUGCGGCCUCCUUGGAUCAAGCAACCCCGGCCCAAGCACCAAUGCCGGCUCCGCCUCAGACCUCUGCAACUGCCUAUGGCCAAGUCCCUCCACCUCCACCACAAGCUCCCAUCCAGACUUCUGCCGGAGUCUACGGCCAAGCUUCUGCGCCUCCACCACAAGCUCCCAUCCACACUUCUGCCGGAGUCUACGGCCAAGCUUCUGCGCCUCCACCACAGGCUCCUCAUCCACCUUCUUCUGAUUCUUACGGUCAAGUGUACAGCCCUCCGCCACAUGCAACUCCCCAACCUGCCACAAGCGCUUACAGUCAAGCCUCCAGCCCUCCGCCGCAGGUAGCCCCAGUCCAGCAACCAGUGAGCACCGGGAGUAGCUAUCAACAACCCCCAGCCCAGACAUUCCAGCAGAGCUUUCCUCCUCCGCCUCCUGGGCCACCUCCCCAAACAUCAGCGGCCCCGGCACAGAGUUAUCCGGGAUAUCCCCCGCCCCCGAGCGCAAACCCUCCGUACGCGCCCUACCAUCAAGGACCGACGGAACUUUCGACGCAGCAAUCACCUCCUCAAUCGUACCAGCAUCAAAAUUAUCAAGCUUAUCAACCGGCCGAUGCAGGGCAAGCUCGUGGUUUCGACGAAUAUGGUCAAGAGUCUAGCAGGGGCUUUGAUGAUUAUGGACCCGGAGGCGAAUCCGAAAGAGGCCUCCGGGGAAGAUAUGACCAGUACAAAACGGAGGGGAAACUGUUGGGCCAGCAACUUUCAUCUAUUGGCAAUGCUGUCUCAGGUGGCCUUGGGGACAAAGCGCACCAACUUCAAGGCAAAUACUUUGGGGGUACGGACUCCUAUGGGCGCCCGUAUGCUCAGCCACGACCGGUUAUGACCUGUCAGGUUCUUCGGAGCUGCACAACGUGGAGCAACGGAACUCCCCUCGAGCAUUCUAUCCAGAACGCGUACAUCGAUGUGAUUCGGAACAGUCAGCACUUCGUCUACAUCGAGAAUCAAUUCUUCAUCACAGCCACCGGCGAUCAACAGAAACCUGUCACAAACUUGAUCGGUCAGGCUAUUGUUGAACGGAUCCUUCGGGCGGCUCGAAACAACGAAAAGUAUAAAAUCAUUGUGGUCAUCCCGGCAGUGCCAGCAUUUGCGGGGGACCUCCGGGACGAUUCUUCACUGGCCACCCGAGCGAUCAUGGAGUUCCAGUACAACAGCAUUAACCGCGGUGGACACAGCAUCAUGGAGAAGAUAGCGCAGGCAGGCUUCAAUCCCAUGGAUUAUAUUCGAUUCUACAACCUCCGGAAUUACGAUCGAAUCAACUGCAGCAAUUUCAUGCAGCAAGUCGAACAGCACAGUGGAGUGAGAUACGAAGAUGCCCGGAAACAACACGAUGACGCUGUCGGAGCCGGCUAUGGGCAGUACGGCGAGAAGACAGGGACCACUCAACUGUCUCAAGCCUCUCAGUACCAGCAAUACCAGACCGCCGCGCAGCAGAUGGCCACUCCUGGGAGCGGCCGGUGGGACAGUGUGGCGGAAUGCUACAUGCUCGGCGGCCAGGACAUACGCACUGUACCCUGGGACGGCCCUCCUGAAGCCGAGUUCGAUGCGUUCGUUAGCGAAGAGCUGUACAUUCAUUCAAAGUGCCUCAUCGCCGACGAUCGAAUUGUCAUUAUAGGAUCUGCCAACCUGAAUGACCGCAGCCAACUAGGAUCACACGACAGUGAGAUCGCCCUGCUGAUCAACGACUCUACGCCCGUCCAGUCGUACAUGAGUGGCCAGCCCUACCAAGCAAGUGGUUUCGCAGCGUCUCUACGCAGACAGCUGGUCCGAAAACACGUCGGACUGAUUCGGCCUCAACACUUCUUCAGACCGGACCCGAAUUUUGACCCAGUCGGGGUGCCCAAUGUGUAUGACUGGGGCUCCCCAGAAGAUAAUGUCGUGGCAGAUCCUCUCAGCGACACUUUCCAGGCACUGUGGAACAGCCGAGCACGGACGAACACCGAAGUCUUCCGACGAGCGUUCCGCGCUGUCCCCGACGACUUUGUGAAUACCUGGGCCGAUUACAAGGAGUUUUAUGAGUACUUCUAUCGGCACUCCGACGCAGAGGCUCAAGGGAAACCAAGCAAAUUGCCGCCACGGGUCGAGUAUGGACAUGUUGUUAGGGCAGAUUUCCCGGGAGGGGUCGGCGAGCUCAAGGAACUCCUGAGUCAAGUCAAGGGCACCCUGGUGGAGAUGCCGUUGUGUUUCCUUCAAAACGAAGACAUUGCUAAGGAAGGGCUGUCUCUAAAUCCGCUGACUGAAGAAGUCUAUACAUGA